AUGGAUGUGGAGUUAGACAGGUCUCUUCUCAGAGUCCAUGUAAACUACAAUAACUUUCCGGCUAAGUUGUGGCGUUUGAUAAACGAUCCCCAAAAUGACUCGGUCUUCUGGAGCCCCAAUGGAGAGAGCGUGAUGGUGGACCAGCAGCGGUUCGAGGACGAGCUGCUGUCACCGGUCAAACAAGACGCUAAACUGUUCAAGACCUCCAACUUCACCAGCUUCAUCCGCCAGCUCAACCUCUACGGCUUCCGGAAGGUUUACGACCGGUCCUUCAAGGACAGGCGACGAAACCUGCACCACUUCCACAGUCCCUUCUUCAAACAGGGUCAGCCAGAGCUUCUGGUCCACAUGAAGAGGCUGACCAUCAGUAACAAGGCCAAGAUGCAGGCCGGAGAGGAGGUGACCUGUCGCCCCCCGCGCCGAAACCAUCAGCAGUCUCAACACAACACUACUGAUGCAAAGAGAGGCCACACCCAAGUCUCUGGGCACUUUGGUUCUGUGUCCCAUCAUCAGCAGAUGGGGUCGGACCGAAGCCCAAUCCCUCCGCGCUCCUGGAUCGUUCCUUACAGUGAUGUGCCUCCCUUCUACUCUAACAAAGGCAUCCCUGUUUCUGUCAUCCGCCUGAAUCCGUACAACACUCCUCACAGGAUCCAGUCCGGCCCUGGUCCUCUGUUUCCACAGGAGCCUAAAUAUAUUCCUCAUCAGCUGUCCUAUCCUCCUGGAUUUUACUCGCCAGUCUGUCAGUGUUGCACUGCUGGUUUUAUUGAAGCAGAUCAAGCAGGUGCAGAUCAAACAGCUCUACCAUAUUCACAUUAUGCUUAUUACCAGCAAAACUAUUCAGUGAGCCACCAUCCCAACAGCAUCCAAACAGCAAACUGGCCUGCACACCUUACACCUGAGUCUCAGCGGGGCGACGUGAACCUCGACAGGGUGUUCCAGAUGGUGGAUGAGUUCCAGGACUUGCCAAACGUCCACGUAGUCCGAGUGGGCUCCCCUGUGAACGGCCAGCACACCUCCAGCCCGUCUCUCUAUACUCUACCUGCUGCCUCUAAACCUGAACCUGCCAGUCCUCAGACUGUGAGAGACCAGCGUCCCAGUGUGGGAGCUCAGUACAUCAAACUGGAGUCUGAGGGACAUGAUGCUGAGAAGCAAGGAGCCAGCCAACUCAAAGAAGAUGACUCAGCAUCCCUGGAGACCUCAGAAAAGGUCAAAAGACGCUGGUAUCGUCUUAGUUGUUCUAUAAGUGUAUGUUGUUUUACCGUACCAAAAAAUACAGUAUCACAAACUAUAAAGACUACUUAAAUUAAAACGCUAUAACUCUGUAAUACUCUGUAAUCAGGCUUCUACAGAUCAGAAAGGGAGUCAGGAAAGCUUUAUAUACUGACAGCAGAGCAAGACUCUACAGCUAUUCUAGGUAGGACAGUUUCAGAUUAUAUCACACCCUUGAAUGAGGAUUUUGCAUAAUUAUUCAACUUUUUAUGACUUUAUGGUUGUUAUGAUCCACAGAUGACUGACAGGAUUCAUCAGCAUAUG